AUGAAACAACAACGUUUGGUCGCAGCCGCCGCUCGAAAAAAACGUCUCAUUACUCGAAUUAUCACUGUUAUCGGACUGUUAAUGAUUCUUCUGUGCGCAGGUAUAGUUGCACUUACACUCAAAAUGGCACCGAAAAUCGACGAACUUGUGCGGACGAAAGCAGGUCCACACCCGUCAGUCCACCUUCAAUCUCGUUUCACAACAUUAUCGUCUAAUUUGCAUAACUCUUCUACAAAUAGUUCAUUGAAAUAG